AUUCUUUCUUAUUACCUACCUCACUUUUACAGAAUGGGGUAUCCUCAUUUCGCACCAACUCUUCUCUGGAACCUAUCUCUCCCAACCGAACUAGGUGUAAAGAAGCCGGCAAAUAUUUUUGCCUUCUCUUCGGAUGAUAAGUUCCUUUUUACUUUACAUGAAGAUCAGGGUGGUAUCUUGUGGGAUCUUACUGCUACUUCUUUGCCUCGAAAGCUCGAAUUCAGUCAGGAUAACCCUAACUCAAAGCAUCCUAUUAGGGCUGCUGCACUAGACGCGAAUGAAGGAAUCAUAAUAGCUUUUGGUCUCGCCCAUCCCGCUGAAUAUUAUAAUAUUCCAAAAAACGACACAAAAUUAAAACUAGCAGAGUAUGUCCUUCCAGUAGCGAACGACGUCAAAGUUUCAAGGGAUAGCAAAGUAUUCGCGCUCACGACGGGGACUGUCGUGGAAAUAUGGGAUGCACAUAGCUUUCAGAGAGUUAAAAUUCUCACGUCCAAUGUUGAAAUCCAAACCCCGUUUGAAAAGGUUGCACUCUCUCAGGACAAUAAAUAUGCUGCAACAGUCGAUUCCGAAGGUCGAUUCUUCGUUUGGGGGCUAGACAACGAUUUCCACAAGGUCUCGCAGAAUAGAGAGGUCGGUAUAGACCUAGGGCAAGGAUGGAUUCCGACGAGUAUUGGCUUAGGUGAACAGAAUUUCGUGAUGGCUACCCUAAAAAAGCGAACGACCUCGGGUCAGGACUCCUGGAUGCUGAUGUCGUGGGGUUAUAAACACGAGGGACCCGACAACACGCUAUAUGCUAAAGAAUAUCCAAAAUGCGCGCUAACUUGCGUUGCGCCCAGCACCGAGUUCAGCGUUUCUCUAACGCCCGAGGGUCAUCUGAGAGGGAGUGAUAGCAUGCUCUGGCCGCUAUUCUCGACUGAGAAGGGCGCCAGUAAGAAGGGCAAGGUGGUAUCGUGUGGAAUGUCAGAAAGUAGCAAAGUCUUCGCCGCAGCUCGAACUAACGGCCGGUUAGCUGUAUGGAGAUUAUAUACGAAAGAUGCAGAUCCUAAUGAGCGGUAUCCAGGAUAAAGUUAUUAAUAGGGGCGUUACUAUACGUAUCUUAUCUACCGUUAAUGAUUUUUAUGAUUCCAAAGGGUUAAUCAUCAUAUAUUUUGAUGUUCAUAUUAGUAAAAUAUAUAUCUUAGAUGACGUCCAAUAUUUACACCGAU